AUGCCAUUCGGCUUGAAAAACGCUGGGACCACUUACCAGCAUCUUAUGAACAAAGUAUUCAGGUGGCAGAUCAGGCGCAAUAUGGAGGUAUAUGUAGACGAUAUAUUGAUUAAAUCACUCCGAGCUGCCGAUCUCUGUGCAGAUAUAAAGGAGACUUGUCAUACACUACGGACGUAUGGAAUCAAGCUCAACCCCCAGAAAUGUCUGUUCGGCGCCAAAAGCGGGCAUUUCUUGGGAUACAUUGUGAUCGAGCGGGGCAUUGAGGCUAAUCCAAGCAAGAUUUACCUAUCCUUGACUGAUCACGCGGUCGGCUCGGCCCUUGUAAGGUCGGACGGCGAAGAACAACCUAUAUACUUCUUGAGGCAUAUAUUAAAAGACGUUGAAUCCCGCUACACCGGUCUCAAGAAGCUCGCCUUUGCAUUGGUCCUCGUCGCUCGGAGGCUCCGUCCGUACUUUCUCGCGCAUACCAUUAUAGUAAUAACCAACAACCCGUUGAGCAGGAUCCUUCUCAACCCAGAAGCAUCAGGGCGGCUGAUCAAGUGGACCACGGAGCUCAAUGAGUUUGAUAUUCAGUAUCAGCCCCGGACAACCAUAAAGGCACAAUCUCUGGCGGACUUCAUCACCGAGGUGCAAGACCCCGAGCCCGAAAUCACCUGGAAGGUGUACGUGGAUGGAUCUUCCACCCGGCAAGGGAGUGGGGUGGGAAUACUACUGAUUUCCCCCAAAAAAGAGAGGAUGCAGCUGUCUGUUCGGCUGGACUACCAAGCAACCAACAAUAAGGCCGAGUACGAGGCUCUCAUAGCCGGGCUGCAAGUCGCUCGGCACGUGGGCGCCAUCAGAGCUCUGAUUCAUUCAGACUCGCAGCUAGCCGCUCAGCAGCUCUCCGGAACGUUCGAGAUCAAUAGCGCUCGGCUCAGGCUCUACGCCGAGGCCUUCAAAAAGCUGAAAGCCAAUUUCCAGGAGGUGGUUAUAAAGAAGGUUCCCCGAGCAGAGAAUCAAGCGGCGGAUGAACUGGCGAAACUAGCCAGCUUCAUAUUGUCGAUCAUAAUUCAACAGCCGAUUGACCAAGUGGCCCUCGUGGCUCAUAUCGACCGGAUGGAGGGACUCACCUUUCUCAGCGAUUGGAGAACGACGCUGAUAGAGUUUCUGCGAGCAGGAGCUACGCCUUCUAAUCAGGAAGAGGCGCACCUGCUGAGAAGGCGAGCGGGCAGAUUCACAUUAAUCAGAGACCAGCUGUACAAGAAAGAUUUCUCCCGACCGCUCCUCAAAUGCGUCAGGCCUGAAGAUAUCGAAUACAUAUUACAGGAGUACGACGCGGACAAUGCCGAGCGGAGACAACUGGAGUUUGAUUUGGUGGAUGAGACGCGCGCCAAGGCAGUCGCUCAGCUGACGGCCUAUCGACAACGAAUGAGGCAAGGCUACAAUCGGCGGGUGAUCUCUCGAUCAUUUCAGGUCGGCGACCUAGUAUGGAAAAAGCACCAUCAUGCGACGAUCGUGCGAGGCGGCGCCAGAAGCAUCUACGAUGUUUCCGACGGAGGCGGAGAUGUCACGCGAUGGUUCUGGCCCUGGCGGAGGCAUCGUGCGACGCUUCUGGCAAUGAUUCUACUGUUGGAGGUGUCGCGCGAUGGUUCUGGCUCCGAUAAAGGCGUCUCAAGAUCCUCUUCUGGUGUUGACAUCUCGUGA